AUGACCUCCUAUGGAUACCUGUCAGACCCUGACAAUAAUGAUUUCUCUGCAAAUAAGAGUGCUGCUCAAUAUAGAACUUCUGAGUCCUGUCCUAGAUGUGUGGCAACAGAUGCAUUGGACAGAAACAUGGGCACAUGUAUGCGAACUUUAAUGGGAAUAACAUCACCAGAUAAAUUCACAUGGUGGUACGUAGACCUUGGAGAUAUACGCAUUGUGUACAAUGUCAGGAUACAGUUCAGGGACUAUGGACAGGAAUAUGUUCUCAGACAGAGGGGACGCUUCGCUGGGUUUUCCUUGUAUGUGUCCAACACAACUGACAGAAAUGACGGGUUUCUAUGUUACAAGAACGGACCGGAGUUACCUCCCUUGGAUUUCAACACAACCUGUAUAACAUAUGGACGCUAUGUUAUCUUUUACAAUGAAAGAGUAUAUAGAACAACCUAUCCUAUAGGUUAUGAAAUUGUUUCAGUUUUUACAGAGCUGUGCGAAGUAACAGUGACAGGUUGUUCCUCAUCCGGUGUUUAUGGAGAAAACUGUGAUAAACCCUGUCCAGAUAAUUGUCAUGAACGUAGAUGUGACAUCAUCAAUGGAACCUGUUUAGGUUGUAAAGCUGGGUGGCUAGGAGCACAUUGUGACUUAGCAUGUCCUGUCGGAUUUUAUGGUCUAAAGUGUGAAUCAAAGUGUGUUGGACAUUGUAAAGACAGCAAGACUUGUAACCACACCAGUGGUUUGUGUGACAACGGAUGUGGUAAUGGUUGGACUGGAUCAAACUGUACAAAAGAAUGUCCACUAGGAACUUAUGGACCAUAUUGUGCGCAGAAAUGUAGUGGGCAUUGUUUAGGUAGCGUUGCAUGUAAUAGAACAACUGGAAAUUGUGACACUGGCUGCGAUUUUGGGUACACUGGAGAGAUAUGUAAAACAGGUUGUGAAAUCGGAACGUUUGGUAAAGGUUGUAGCAAUCAGUGCAGUGGACACUGUCUAGAUAACGUUAUCUGUAAUUCAAGAACUGGCCACUGUGAUAGUGGAUGUGCUUCAGGAUAUAUAAAACCUUUUUGCAAUCUAACUGACUUAGAGUCUAAUGCAUUCAGUGAUAAUUGUAAUGAACCAUCUUACAUCGCUGGAUUAUCGGUCUUGGUUAUCAUCAGCAUUGCAUUAGGCAGUGUAUGCCUGUUUUUUAUAUGGAAAUAUUACAGUCUAGUAAAGAAGGUGCGCUCUUUGCAAUAUACAUCUAUAAUGAGAACAUCGACUCAAAGCAACAACGCAAACAAUUGUCAGCAAUAUGAAGAACUACGUAUAUCAGAAAAUGGAUACCUCAACAUCAAUUUAAGAAAUUAAAACUACAUGUAAUAUCCCUAUCAACAUUUAAGAAAAUUCGAAUCAUUUUUUAUGAUUAAAUGUAGGUCAAAUCAGUUCUUUUAAACCACACUGAAGUCUUUUGUGAUAAUCAUGAUAAUGGUAUAUGUAUGUACAUGUAUUUG